UGGAGGGCGCGCGCAGGUGUCGUCACUUCGUGCCGGACUCCGCUGGGUGAGGUGUCGCGCACUGACGGCGUCGCCAUGGAGCCGAGGGCGGGUGUUUCCAAACAGGACAUUCGUGAGCAGAUUUGGGACUACAUGGAGGCACGAAAUCUAGCUGAUUUCCCCCGGCCUGUUCAUCACAGGAUUCCCAACUUCAAGGGCUCUUAUCUGGCUUGCCAAAACAUCAAAGACCUCGCGGUUUUUGCCAGAACGCAGGAGGUUAAAGUGGACCCUGAUAAACCGCUGGAAGGCGUCCGGCUGCUGGCGCUGCAGAGCAAAAAAACAUUGUUGGUUCCAACACCACGACUGAGAACGGGGUUGUUUAAUAAGAUCACACCACCCCCCGGGGCAACUAAAGACAUCUUGAGAAAAUGUGCCACCUCUCAGGGUGUGAGGAACUACAGCACUCCCGUGGGCUUGGAUUCCAGGGUCCUUGUGGACUUAGUGGUCGUGGGGUCCGUGGCUGUUUCUGAAAAAGGCUGGAGAAUUGGGAAGGGAGAAGGCUAUGCCGACCUUGAAUACGCCAUGAUGGUGUCGAUGGGAGCGGUCAGCCAGGGGACGCCAGUGGUCACCAUCGUCCACGACUGCCAGGUUGUCGACAUACCUGAAACACUCCUUGAGGAUCACGACCUCACCGUGGACUAUAUUCUCACUCCAACUCGAGUCAUCACCACGGGGUGUGAGCGCCCCAAGCCAACAGGAAUCGUGUGGUCCAAGAUCAGCUGUGAGAUGAUGGGGAAAAUGCCAGUCCUCAGAAGCCUGCGCUGCCGAGAGGAGCAGGCCGGGAAGGACGUCACCCUUCGGGACACACACCGGGGCCUGCCGCGUGCCCGGGCCGCCCUGAGCACCGUCAGAAGCCCGCGGGAGCUGCCCUCGCUGGAAUCGGGCUCCUGGCAGGGGGACGAUGUGCCUUCCAGCACUGUUUACGUUGGGAACCUCCCCUGGGACGCCCGGGUGAGUGAGCUGAAGCGAGCCCUCAGCGCACGGGGCGCGGCGCCCUCACGGCUCACUUGGUAGGGGCCGCAGCGCGGGGCCUUCCUCCACUACCGGGACCCGGCCGAGGCCUGGCAGGCCAUCUCCCGCUUGCAGGGCUUCUGUCUGGGCGCCAACACAGUGAGGGUGGCGCUGGCCAGGCAUCAGGGGGCCAGUGGCCCGGCGGGCGGCCGCACUGGAGAGCCGCACCCUGACCCGUGACAACAUCCCGCUCCAGCCCCGGCGAGCUUCAGGACCCGGCACAGCGGGAUGUGGUGGAGCUGUGCUGCACGAGCUGCCUUGAGUUCAGUCCUCUCCCGGAAGUCAGAGCUUCAGCUGCUGCCUGGUGUCUCCUGAGGAGCAGGGAAGUCAACCGUAAUAUGCUUCCCAUCUUCUGAAGGCAGAAAGGUCCAUGUUCAGGCUUUGGCUUAUCCUGGGCCUUCAGCCUGCUGGGUGUCUCAGCCCUGCUGGUGUCUUGGUUUAGGGGACCGAGUGGGCAAUAAACAAGUUGGAGUAAAUGCUGACUGCAGUUUAGGGGAGUCUGUGUUUUGAACUUGAGAGGCGUGGGAGAUUAAGAGAAGGUGGACAGAGGACCAGCUGCAGAGGCGUGGCGGCUCAGAACAAGAAGAUAUCCUUGUGUUCCUGGCUCCUUGGCCUGGCACUGCUAGAAGGGAAAAGAUGCGCUCAGCUUGCAGAAGCCAGGUGGUUCAGUCCCCUGGGUACAGACUGCUUGUCACACCUCAGUCCUGGUGUCGGAGAUGGAGGCCAAUCUGACGUGGACCCUCGGCUGUGUGGUCUCACCUCUGUCCCCUCCUUACCUUUCCAGCCAGGCUCCUCCCCCGGGGUGAACACCUCUGCUCUCGGCCAGCUGCCCCUGAACAGCAGGGAGCCUGUGUCUAGGAAAUCCUGGCUGUCAGUGAGUUGUCCCAGCCGACGUCACGGACGAGGCCAGACACAUGCUCACACACUCAUUUGUCCACUGUCGUAUGUUUUCUGUCCCUCCAUUUCUCUGUUCCUGGAAAUCAAGCUGGAUUUUGGCCGAACUGUGCUUUCUAAACGGAAGUGCUUUUGCAGUGAUCCUGGGUGAAAAGUCAAGAUGAGCAUUUAAGUGGAGAUCUCAUUUUUUUUUUCAAAUGUAUAUGCACGGGGCAUUUUUAUUUUUCCACCAGAGGGUCUUACUGAGCAUGUUUUAAACCCAUUAUUAUGCCUCAAGGGGCAGGCCUUGCCUGCACUUUGAAGAUAAGGUUCUCAAGGCUCUCAGUCUCCCUUUGAAAAAGCAUUUUCUCAUUGGUUUUACAGUGAAAAUGCGGUGGAGACUUUGGAAAGAGAAUUGAUCCUUAGAUUUGCUCGGUUAAAUGCAGACUCCACAUUGACAUGAGCAAACCCAGGGGGUAGAAUAUCUUAACACAGGGCAGUCCAGGCCGUAGGGCCUCUGGGCUCACUCUUUCUCUGCCCAACCCCUGUCCCUUGGCUGGUUUCGUUUUGUCACUUGUGUUCAGCUUGGCCAUCCCAGGCUGACUGACCGCCCAGUCCAGAGUAGCGACCUGAUAUCUGAACUCCUUGCUCCGUUCCGGUUGGUUUUCCCGUUUUUUUCCAGAAUGCCUCCUGUCUUUGGCAUGUUCUUGUUCAGUUUUGGUUGAUGUUUCUAUCCUUGACUUGCUACCGUUGGAGUAGUGCUACAGGAGGGCAGGAAGUGAGUCUGUCCCUGCCUUUACUCCCCACUGUGCCCCAGCCCCAGCCGUGAGAACCACCUGCUGAUACAGAGCAACUCAGGAGCAAUGCAAAUGGGAAGGGCUCCGUCAGAGCCAAGGGGGAGGCUGGGUCCGGGCCUCAGCCCUGGGGGCCGGUGUCUGGUGAGUCUGGCGCCAGCACCUUAGACUGUUGAGUUGUGCCCAUCAGGGAUGAUCCCUCCGGGUUGAGCCAGAGUGCUGGGUUUUCUGUCACUUUCAGCUGAAAUAAUCCAGAUGUAUUGAUACACAGAUGAUCUGAAUGCAUUCAUCAUUUUUUUAUAUUUGUGGACAGUAGGUUAGUAUGAGGGAAACUAGGACCAAGGGCCUGAAAUACAAGCCCUCCAGAUGUGUCACCUGCGCGCCUCCCCUCCAUUCGCCUCGGGCAGCCCCAGAGCCGCAGUUCUCAGCGCCGCCAGGAGGGGCCCUCAGGGACCCUGCUUUUCGUUCUCAGAGUUCUUGAGUAUUUGUCAGCAUCAUAAUUGUAUAGUUCGCAUAUUAGAAAGUAAUGGAAACUGAGUGCUUGACAAGUUGCUGAGACUGUAUGAACCCCUUUUAAGUGGAUUCGUCACGAUUCGUGGGUCGCGUCUUGUGUUUUCCUGAGUGGCGCUGCAGUUUUGCUUGCAGAUGCGAGGAGAUUCCUGCCACCCUCAACUCUGCAUGGCGAGCGCUGGCCCUGGGGCUUCACUGUGUCUGCUGACGGUUCCUAUGUUGUCGGCAAGUCAUGGAGCCUCUCCGGGCAUUGGCGUCCUCAUCUUUACAAAGAGAGGGUUGAGCAUGUUUGUUUCUAGGGCCUGAACGGUUGUAACGUUCUGUUUCUUUUAAGGCUCACUGCUCACCGUCACUUAGAUUUUUUCUGUUUAUAAAAGUAAACUUAUCCAUUCUGGAAAUUUGGGGAUAGCAGACGUACAAAGAGUGUCACCCCUCACUCCACCACUUAAGCAGCCUUGACACUGCCUCUGAUUUACGUCCAGUCUCUCCUCUGUGCAGUUGUAAAACGUAGCUAGGAUUAACAGCAUGAGCUUCAGAAUCACACAGGUUCGGCCGAGAGCAUCAGUGUUGCUGCUGCCUGGUACCUCCUGUCUGAACUUCCACGUGCUCAACUGUGAGUGGGCAUAGGGAUAGGACCUCCUCUAGAUUUGUUGUUUUGAAGGGUGAAUAAAGCAGCUUGGAUUUACUUCUAAGUCAUACCACACGUAAAAGUAAAUUCCAGGCUAAUUAAAUAUCUAAACAUAAAAAUGAAGGAAUUUGGAAAUAAUAAAAGAAUGUUUUCUAAUGUUGGGUUAGUAAAGGAUGGGCGGGGCCCUGAAUUUAAGGAGGAACUUAUUCCUGGUCCUCUCCUGGAAUGUCAGGGUUUGGCGGGUAUGGAAUCCAAACGAGCCGUCCAGGAUGAGCUGUCUGCGGGACGCUUCUCCAAGCGACGGCAUUCACCAGUGUUUUUAAGCAUCGAAAUUUCUGUGUGUUCUUUUCUAAAAUUUGUCACUAUGCAUAAAUGAUUUUAUUUAGUAUUACUUAAGUCGUUUGGGGAAUGUUAAGAUAAAUAAGCUUUACAACAUGUGUCUCCUACUUCUAAAAUCGGCCUCUGGACUGGGUGACUGUUACAAAUGGAAACAGCUGCUCUCAGAAAGUGCAAUGGGCUUGUUCGGGGCUCCAGACCCAGGCAGAGGUAAAGCGGGUACUUGGACCCUGGCCUCUGCCCCAGGAACCCUGCCGGCUUCUCUGCAUUACGGUUGGCCCUCAACACCUGCGGGUUCUGCACCAACCGUGGGUUCACCCAACUGCAAAUACUGAGUCCUGGAUGUGGAACCCAUGGAUGUGGAGGGCCGACUGUAUUACACAACUGGAUAUAAACGACUUGAGCAUCGGUGGAUUUUGGUAUCUACGGAGGCUCCUGGAAACAGUCCCCCACAGAUACCAAGGGUUGACUGUACUUCCUCUACCAGCAGAGGAGCAGGGAUAGCGCUGUUCACACCCCACCCUCCCCAACCCAGCCAGCAGCCCCUAAGCAGCCAGGGCGUGUGGGAGCCAGCCCUCCUAGACUCUUAGGGGAGGGGUUCUGUAGGUCUGCCCUCCCAUUGUCCUUCGGCCAUCAUUUGGCCUUCCUGGUUCCCAUCCAGCGACGCACACAGACCUCCCCCAGAUGCCGCAUGAGGAGAAAGAAACACGAUGACACAAGACUGCAAAUAGAAAAGGCUGAGAAUAAAACUACCCAAGAAAAGAGAGCCCGUGUAGCUAAAACCACAAAAGAGUUUAUGUUUGGUGAAGAGAUAUUGGCGAGAAGAUAAAAUGUCAGAUGAGAGCAACAUUUAAAAAGAAACAGUAAUCGGGUCCAGGGAUGGUAAACAUGAGGCAAAUCCAGCUCUCCGUCCACACCCACACCCACAGCAGACAUCAACAAUCCAUCCCAGCGCCCUUCCUAGCCAAGCCUGAGAAGGCUUUGCCCUGGAUUUUAAGGAACUGGGGCCAGACGAUCGCCAUGAGGUGAAGCUUUCUGCCUUUUUGCCGGAGGAGCAAAACUGAGGAUCCUUCCCUUCACCUCGUUUUCCUGGGGAGCAUUGCCACCUCUCACCACCUGCCUCCCCCCCACAGGCUCCCAGGAAGCACCUGGCUUGCAGAGGACUCUUCCAAAACUUCACUUCUGCCUCUCACACCCCCUGCACUCAGCAGAAAGAGCUGAAUGGGUAUUGCUAACCUCACUUCCCCUGUAUCUGGAUCUAACCCCAACCAAUGUUCCAAAUACAGUAGACAGUGUGGACUCUCUAGUCAUUUUCAAAAUGGGUUUUUUUAGGGGGUGGGGUGGGGCAGGGCUAUCCUGGGGAAGUCUGUCUUCAAGAUAAAUCUGACACAAAACUCCAUACAUAAAAGCAGGAAGAAGAGAUUGGUGUGUAGGUGAAUUUACAGUCACCUCCCGCAGUAUUCUUUAACGGGCGCUGCCUACCUGAGCCCCCAGCUGUUCUGCAGCUGAGAGUGGGGUGCCGACCUCAGCUGGGUUGGCUUCUGUCUUCACUCCUGAUGGUAAUGGCUCAAAUUUAUUGAGCUGUUUAAAAUGCUGUGGAAGUUGUGAAGUGUUGGCCCAAGGUUAUUCAACAGCCCCAUUGAGCGAAGGAGUCUGUGCAGAUCCCCGUGGAUCUGGGCCCUAGGGCAGCUGGGUGUACACUGCUGGCUGGCACGCGGAGGCUGAGGACCUGGCAGUUUCCCCCUCAUCUUCUUGGGACGCUUGUCCUCAGAGCCUGGUCCCCACGCUGUGAGGAAGCCCAAGUUGCCUGGGCCGGGGCCUAGCAGAGGAGUGCGUACCACCACCUCACCGUCCUCGUGGGUGUGCCACCUUGAAAGUCGGUCCCCAAGCCCAGGUGAGGCGUCUCAGCUGAUGCCUCCUGGAGCAGACAAGGGCUGUUGCCACUGCGCCCUGCCCAGAUUGCAGUCAGGAGUGAGAUGAAUCCUUUCUGCUGCUUUAAGUUUAGAGGGUGAUUUGUUCUUUAUUAAUAAUCAGUGGCAUAAUUUCAUUUAUAACAAUGUUACUAUGUGAAUUAUAUGAUGCACUUAUAAAUACACAUUACUGAAGAUACAAUUUAGAAAUACAAAUUAUAUAGAUGCGCAAGUGUGUGAUUUCACCUGACCCUCACAGUCGCUUCUGAGAGAAGCAGGUAACAGACGGGUAACUGGCCCACAGUCCCCCAGCUUUGGUAGUGAAGCCAGGAGUCGGGUUGUAGCUGAUUGUAGACUAGGCCAGAGUUAUCUGUCUUCUUUCACUGUGGGUCACCUUCACCUUGCCACCUAAGGUAGAAAGAGGCACACAAAACCGUGUCAUUUUCUAGAAGAGAGAUGCAGGGUGGGGUGAUACCCCCAGGUGCACACAUGCUAGUGGCAGAGACACCCCUGGGGCUGGGGCUGCUCAGUUCAGGAGCCUGCAGGAGAGUCUCCAGGCAGGGGGUGGUGGGUUUUGUCCACUCUCCGUUGCAUCUGUCCUGCUGCCUUCAGUUCUGAUGUGCACGUCACUAGGUAGCUGCCCCUGUUGGAAGCCCUCAGUCUGAGGGUCACCAGGCCAGCUUUCCGUCUGUUGCUUGAAAUGGCCCCGUAUUUUAUUGCACGUGUAGAUGAGGCAGCUGAGGCACCGAGUUGUGAUGGCUUGUUCCCCGGUGCGUGGCGGAGCCCCUCUUGUCCCCUACCACGCCCUGCCCUGCGAGUCCCACUUGCUUUGCCAGGCCUUGUCGUCAUCCUAGGUUUUCACUGGAGACUGCCUGGGCGAUCUUUCAAACAAGCAGAGACUUCUGAAUAGCGGAACCCACACUCCUGUUCCUCCAGUGGGGCAGGAUUUCUUCUUGUGAAUGGAAUUCUUUAUUUCCGACGUCCAUAAAUCACAGAAGUUAUAAUGGGAGCUGACAUGUGACCAUGUAAUGUGGACGUUUUGCACUUUGGAUGUUUUGGAAGCAAUAAACUCAGACCCUGAAGUGCUGAGUUGUGAGCAAACUAAACAUCCCUGCCUGCCUCGGAGGGUGGAUUAACUCACUUAACCCUCAGAAGAAUCCCAUGAAGCAGGUGUUACGUUCCCAUUUUCUAGGUGAGAAAGCUGUGGCUCCCAGAGGUUAUCUGACUUGUUCAGGUCACACAGCAGAGCUGACCUUCAGUCCCAGGGCCUCUCCCCACCAUCAAGGGGGAAGCCUGUCCGUCGUCAUCUCUUGACUACCAACAGGCCUCCGAGGUAGCUGGGAGCCAGGGUGGCCCAUGGGGACACCAGGGACAAUUGAUUUAGUGGUGGAGGCACGUGGUGUUGAAGCCACACCUGCCAGGGUUGGCAGUGAAUCCAGCUCCGACGGGCCCUUGCUGUGCCACCUCAGGUGGAGUGCUUGCCCUCUCGGUUUCUUCACCUGUAAGCCCUUCAUAGAUUUUCUAAUCACUUAAUCCUUUGAGAGGAGUUCUCCUACCAUCACCCCCAUUUUAAAGAUGGGGAAGCUGAGGCAUAGUGGGGAGGCACCGGCCCGAGCUCACAGUUGGGAAGCAGUGGAGUUGGGACUCAGACUCAGGCUCUCUGACUCCCAGGGUCUCAAUCCUGGGCUCAUCGCC